AUGCCAGAAACCUCGUAUAUCUUCUACGAUGGCUCCAUGUUCCCUUACCCCGUUCUUCUGGACAACUGCACUAACAACGAUCACGAUGAUUCUUUACCAGCGGGAGAGUCAUCAUUUUCCAUCAUCGUCGCCGUAGCCUCCAUCGACAAGUCGUGUCGAAUGGGGCAGCCAAGCAGCUGCAGCUUCGCGUGCGUUGGUCGAACCCAUGUAACAGAGGCCAACAUACAACUGAUACGAACAUAUCACCCUUCGCUCAGUCAUCUUGGCCAGGUAUUACUGGUAGAAGAAUCUGAGCAAAGGCGAAUGGGUGUCAUCAUUCAAACAAAGCCCAUCAGCGCCCACGCGGGUGGUCUCUAA